AAAGAAGAUUGGUGGGUUAAAAAGGGGGGCGGGGAAGAAAGAACAGCGACCUCUUCUUCUCUCUUCUCUUUCUUCCUUUCUCUUUGGGAGAAAUUUUAAUAAGUUUUCUAUAAAUUAUGAAAUGGUUUCCAGAAUUUGCUGAUUAAACUCUCACCACCAGAGAAGAAAAAAAACUCAAGAAAAAGAAAGCUGGAGAGAGAGCAGAUAGAAAACGAUAGCUAAAGCUCAAUCUUCUAUUUCUUUUAUUCUCUGCAACUCCAAGGUAUUUUCAUCUCUCUCUCUCUCUCUCUCUACCAUAUGUAUAUGUAUAUGAUGACCGAAGCUGAAAGUGAAAACCUCAAAAGAGAUACAAGAAAGAGAUGGGAAGAUCCAACAGCUUUGGAAAGAGAUAUAACUAUGAAUAACAAGAAUCAAGAUAUGAUAUGAGUAUAGCUACUACAACUCUUCAUCAUCAUAACUCUUCUUGACAACAAUUCAGAUUCUCUAUGUCCCAAGAUUAUCACCAUAACCAAGGAAUCUUUUCCUUCUCCAAUGGAUUCCACCGACCAUCAUCUUCCCAUCAGGAGGAAGUUGAGGAAUCCGCUGUCUCCGGCGCUCCGAUCCCAGUUUACGAAACCGCGGGAAUGUUAUCUGAAAUGUUUAGUUACCCCGGCGGUGGCUCAGGCGAGAUUCUUGAUCACUCGACUAAACAAUUGCUAGAGCAACAAAACCGCCACAACAACAACUCAACUCUACAUAUGUUACUACCAAAUCAUCAUCAAGGUUAUGGGUAUGCCAACGAGCAACAACAACAUCACUUCACGUGGCCAUCUUCCUCCGACCAUCAGAGUCAAGGAGACAUGAUCGGGACCGUACACGUGGAAGGUGGAAAAGGUUUAUCCUUAUCUCUCUCGUCGUCAUUAGAAGCAGUUGCUGCAGCUAAAGCAGAAGAAUAUAGAAGCAUUUAUUGUGCAGCCGUUGAUGGAACUUCUUCUUCUUCUAACGCUUCGGCUCAUCAUCAAUUCAAUCAGUUCAAGACUCUUCUUCUCGAUAAUUCUACUUCUCAUCAUCAAGCUGUUGGACAUUUCGGGUCAUCAUCAUCUUCUCCCAUGGUGGCAUCUUCCUCUAUUGGAGGGAUCUAUACGUUGAGGAACUCAAAGUACACGAAGCCGGCGCAAGAGUUGUUGGAAGAGUUUUGUAGUGUCGGAAGAGGACACUUCAAGAAGAACAAACUUAGUAGGAACAACUCAAACCCUAAUACUAGCGGUGGAGGAGGGUCGUCUUCGUCCCCCGGAGUAGCCAAUGAUAAUCCUCCUUUGUCUCCGGCUGAUCGGAUUGAACAUCAAAGAAGAAAGGUCAAGCUACUCUCUAUGCUUGAAGAGGUAGACCGACGGUACAACCACUACUGCGAACAAAUGCAAAUGAUAGUGAACUCAUUCGACCAAGUAAUGGGUUAUGGCGCAGCCAUUCCAUACACCACAUUAGCCCAAAAGGCAAUGUCUAGACACUUCCGGUGUUUGAAAGACGCGGUUGUGGUUCAGUUAAAACGCAGCUGCGAGCUUCUAGGUGAGAAAGAGACUGCGGGGGCUGCGUCCUCGGGGUUAACCAAAGGCGAAACGCCACGAUUGCGUUUGCUAGAGCAGAGUUUGCGUCAACAACGAGCGUUUCAUCAUAUGGGUAUGAUGGAGCAAGAGGCAUGGAGACCGCAACGUGGGUUACCUGAACGCUCUGUUAAUAUCCUUAGAGCUUGGCUUUUCGAGCAUUUUCUUAAUCCGUACCCAAGCGAUGCUGAUAAGCACCUCUUGGCUCGUCAGACUGGUUUAUCCAGAAAUCAGGUGUCGAAUUGGUUUAUAAAUGCUAGGGUUCGUCUAUGGAAACCAAUGGUUGAAGAAAUGUAUCAACAAGAAGCAAAAGAAAGAGAAGAAAAAGGAGUAGAAGAAAAUCAAAAAGAAGAUUAUCAACAAACAAACAACAGCAGCAACAACAGCGACACGAAGCCCAAUGAAAGCAACUUCACUCUCGUUCAGACAAUAACUGCACAAACUCCAACAACGACGAUGAUGACGCCGACACCUCACGAAAACGACUCUUCAUUCCUCCCUUCCUCCGUCGUAACCGCCGCUCCUCACAACGUUUCAGACUCUUUCACCGCUGCCACGUGUCAGCAAGACGUCAGUGAUCACUUCCAGGUUAACGAUGGUGUCAUAAGAUUCGGAACCAAACAGGCUGGUGACGUGUCACUUACGCUUGGUCUACGCCACACUGGCAAUAUGCCUGAUAAUAAGAACCCUUCUUUCUCCGUUAGAGAUUUUGGAGAUUUUUAG